CUCAUCAGCUCUGAAUGGAGGAGGAUGAUCAGAAGGAGCUGCAGCUGCUGCCCAGUCCACACUCCAUGGCUUCUUCCUCCCGGAUGUCCGGCAGGCCAUCCGAUUCAUCGUUGAGGUAUCGGGGGAUCGGUGGGGAUCCCUUUGAAGGGCCUGGACUUGACCUGCAGUUGUCCAUCAGUCUGAGGCCUAUCCGUCCCCCACCGGAGUAUGUCCUGGCAGGGCAGAUUUGUGAGUAUGGGGAUGUCAAGCAGGAGGCGAGCUGUGUCGACGCGUUGAAGUGGCAGGCUGCAGAGCAAAUUCGGUUAGCAGCAAUGGAGAAGGCCUAUGCUGAGCGUGUGAGGGACCUUACCAGGCGGGAGAUGGAGUUAGCACAGUCUGAAUUUGCCCGGGCGAGGCACAUGUGGGAGAGAGCUCAUGAGGAGGUGGAGAAGGCCGAGAAAAUGAAGGAGAAGGCGAUGCGGCGGAUAGAUUCUACGUGCAUGGAGAUCACCUGCCAGGCCUGCCGCCAAAGGUUCCGGCCUUAAUGCUCAGUAGAAGUGAACAAGAAGGCCCUUCAACAGAACUUGGUUCCAGAAUCCAACUUGUUGAUGAGUUUGCUGGUUGAGUAUUGGAUUCCUGCAAUUUCAACAAAAGGAAAAAGAAAAGACAAACGACACAAUAAAGUGGCGAUGCCCCGGUUUUUUCCAGUGCAAUUCUGUAUGAUGAAUAAGUACCUGAAUGAUUUAUGGGUUGAGAGGAUGAACUAAUAAUUCAUUUUCGAAUAAAACUGAAGAACAUAUAAUGAGA